CAUAUAAGAUGGCAGAACAGCCAGGCAUGUCACCAUCAACACACAUGGUGCCAGAUCAGCCAGACAUGCCACAAUCAGCCAAGCCACAACAUACUAACACGUCUAAGACCAGACAUGCCAAAGCACUGGCUAAGACAAAACAUCUUUCCAGCCAUAGUAAACCAAAGCGCCCUCGUUAUGUCUCUGUGCCAACAACCACCACAGCACAGACACACAUAAGUGAUAUUUUCCAUUCUCCUGCUCCUGCCUCUGACGAGGAAGAGUUUGUUGGCUUUCCCCCUCACGGUUCGCCUAACGAACCUACCUCUGGCUUACCGCCUCAGACAUCUGUUCCAAUAGCCCACCAGGCACAUACAUCUCACACAUCUGGUCUGCAGCUGUCUCCUGAUUUCCUCUCCCAACUCCAAGCCAUGCUGGCUUAUUUCACACAAAUGCAGUCACUACCACAGGUUCCUGCCAGACCCCCACUCAACAUGGACCAACGCGCGUUCCAUGCUGCUCAUCCUUCCUGCUCGCCAGAUCCCUUCGAUUUAGCCAGAGGCAGAUGUACGGAUGAAGCCUCGUAUGCGGAGGAGUUAACUUUCACUGACCAUGUUGAAGGAGACGACUGGAGCGACUAUUCAGAUCAUGAGGAGGAUACAUCGUAUCGCUUGUUCAAUACCUCAGAUUACCAACCGCUCGCACGUAGGGUACUUCAUACCCUUGGUCUCCAGACUGCGCCCUCAACUUCGUCCGCUCCAACUCUCAAAGGGGCCAAGGUCCUCAAAUCCCCUGCACCUACUGAACACUACAUCCCGGUGCCAGACCCAAUUGCCAAAUUAGCUUCCGAAGAAUGGGCCCACCCGCUCAAAGCUCGACGCUUCAAGAACAUGGCUGACAGACUUUACGCCCUAGCCCCAGACUUCACCACCAAGUUAGAUGUCCCUGGCAUAGAUGAACCGAUCGCUCGCCUCGUUUCACGAUCUAUCUUGCCCAGGGAAGGGGAAUCCCACCUAAAAGAUACUACUGAACGUCGAAUAGACUUCGCCCUCCGCAAGAACCACGAGGCCACUGCCCUAGCCAUGCGUGCCUCUGCCUCAGCCUCCAUCUUCUCCAGAGCAUCUAUGAUGUGGCUGGAUGACCUUCUAGAGGACGAUAACCCUGAUCCUGUCACCCUCAGAAGAGCACUAUUGAAGUUACGUAAGACAGCAGCCUUUGUGGCCGAUGCCACUUUGGAUGCCACCCAAUUAGGGGCACGAGCCAUGACAACUCAAAUAGUCGCUCGUCGCACCCUCUGGCUUCGCCACUGGCAAGCUGAUUCAGCGGCUAGAUUGAACCUGUCCAAGGCUCCUUACUCCGGAUCUCUACUCUUCGGUGAGGAAGCUCUAAAGGCAGUUCUGGUUGAUCCAAAAGACGCCCACAAACCGGUUCUAGCCACAAUCAAGAACAUCGACCACAGGCCCCUCAGGCGAUUUCCCUCCUUUCGUUCUAACCAGCCCUUUCGAGGAACGCGACCAGGAGGACGAGGCCGCGAUUUCAGACCCUAUGAUUCCAACGCAUUCAGGGGCUCCUGGAACCGACGCCCCCAGGGCAGAGACCUACGGCUGGCUGGUCAACUUCGACAAAAGCCAUCUCCAACCAACCCAACGCCUACUACAUCUUGGGGCAAUGUUGGACACCCUGCAGGCAAUGGUCUUCCUGUCUCCAGAUCGCAUCACUGCCAUCACAAGCAUCGCAAGGUCCCUGAUGCAACAAACAUCCGCAGACGUCAUGCUUCUCGCCAGAGCGCUCGGGAUGUUUAUCUCCACAAUCCACAUUGUACCCUGGGCUCGAGCUCACACUCGGCCCCUUCAGUGGACUCUGUUGCCUUUUCAAAAAGACAUUGCCAGCUCCAACCAUCGCAAAGUUCGUUUGAGCCCCGCUCUGCGCCUCUCCUUCCGCUGGUGGACCAAGGUUCAACACCUCUCCAAGGGCACGUCGUUCAGAGAACCCCGCAGAACCGUCGUGACCACAGACGCCAGCCUCAUAGGUUGGGGAGCCCACUGCAACUCCCAGUAUGUUCAGGGGGUUUGGCCCAACGCAGAGCGAGCUCGAAGCAUCAACUGGCUGGAACUAAAGGCUGUCCACUUGGCUCUAUGUCAUUUUCAGUCUCUGUUCCCUUUGCAUCAUGUGCUCAUUCGAACAGACAACACGUGUGUAAAAUCACAUUUGAACAGACAAGGGGGCACCAGGUCUCGUCCUCUGCAGGACUUAGCCUCCCUCAUCUUUGUCUGGGCAGAACAACAUCUACAAUCCCUGAAAGCAGAGCACCUCAAAGGGAUUUUGAAUGUGACAGCAGACUGGCUCAGCAGACAACAGGUCUUCCCGGGAGAAUGGAAACUUCAUCCAGCCAUUUUCCAUCGUCUCCAGUGUCGGUUCGGCGCCCUCUCAGUCGACCUGUUUGCUUCCAGUCACAAUUGCCAGCUUCCCAGGUACUUUGCCCGAUACCUGGACUCAACAGCAGAAGCAGUGGAUGCUCUGACAACACCGUGGCCAGACGGUCUAUUGUACGCCUUUCCUCCCAUACCAUUGUUAGCCAAAACCUUGAGGAAGGCGCGAACCGAAAGGGCACAGCUGGUUCUGAUAGCACCAUUUUGGCCACGCCGUCCGUGGUUCUCAGAUCUUCUGGCAAUGUCAAUGAUGGACCCUUGGACACUUCCAGUAACGCCAGACCUCUUAUCCCAGGGUCCAGUACUGCACCAGGACCCUACUUGGCUCAAUCUAACAGCGUGGCGUUUGAACGGAGACACUUGAGGUCAGCUGGACUGUCUGACGCUGUGAUUGAUAUUAUUUUGGCCUCGAGAAGACCAUCUACCACUCGCAUUUAUCAACAUACCUGGGUGGCUUUCUCCAAGUGGUGUCAGUCCCACCACCACGAUCCAUCCCAGGCCAAUGUGCACCAGGUGCUCCAAUUUCUCCAUAGUGGCUUUAUGAUGGGACUUCGACCCAACACUCUACGUCGACAUGCGUCUACUCUGUCAUCCAUUCUCUCAGUGUCCUCUCCUGGAGAUCAUAUUUCCUCACAUCCGUUCAUCAAACGUUUUUUGAGGGGAGUCGCCCUACGCUUUCCGGCUGUUGUCCAUCGGUUCCCCUCAUGGAGUUUGCCGAAAGUUCUGCAGGCUUUGCAACGCCCUCCGUUUGAACCCAUCAGAACUGUGCCCCUACGUAUUCUGUCCUUCAAGGUCCUGUUUCUGAUUGCAAUCACAUCUGCCAGACGCGUUUCGGAGUUGGGCGCAUUGUCUUCCGCUAGACACCUCUGCGUCUUCCAUAAGGACUCUGUUGUGCUGAAGACUGACCCUUCCUUUCGUCCCAAGGUCGAUUCAGUUUUUCAUUGCAACCAGGACAUUGUUUUGCCUUCCUUUUGCCCGAAUCCUACCCAUCCUCUCGAGAAGGCUUGGCAUUCGUUGGAUGUCCGGAGGGCUCUCAAGACCUACCUGUCUAGGACCCAAGAGAUUCGACGAACGGAGUCUCUGUUUGUAUCCUUUCAUCCAGGGUCUAUGGGGCAUAAAGUAUCCAAUCCUACCUUAUCCCGUUGGUUAAGGGCAUGCAUUACCUUAGCAUAUGAGUCCCUGAAGCUGCCAGUUCCUGCUAGUAUAACAGCUCAUUCUACUAGGUCAGCUGCCACUUCGGCUGCUUUUGCUACUAAUGCUCCUGUUGCCGAUAUUUGUAGGGCCGCAGUCUGGUCUUCCCCACACUCGUUUAUAAGACAUUAUAAAAUUGAUCGUUAUGCCUCUGCUGAUGCUUCUUUUGGCAGUCGAGUGUUGCAGCAGGUUCUUAAUGAGGAUUAACAUGUGGGUGGUCCCUCCCUAUAUGGGUUGCUUUGGUACAUCCCACAGUGAUGGCCCACUUCCUAUGGAAAAUGUACCAUUGGUCUCACCUGAAAGGUGAUUUUCAUAGGAAGGGGCCAUCACGACCCUCCCAGUUGGAGGAUGACUAGUGAUUUUAUCAAUGGGUUAUAUGUUAUUGUUUCCAUAUUAUAUUUAAAUGUAAGAGUGAAGUCAAGACUUUUAGUUCUGUUAUGUUAUGUAGUUAGGUUAGAGUCAUGUUGUUAUGCAUGUGACUAUUAUGUUAUUUUCCUGGCGGGCCUGUUGGCCUUGUUCUUGUAUUUUUAGAUAUCUCUUUUAGACUCGCUACGAAUGAACUGGAGAGUGGGAGGGGCAUGACGUCCCUAGUCUUGACUUCAAAAACAUUCUUGCCUUCGCACGAUAGGUGGAACUGUUACCCACAGUGAUGGCCCCUUCCUAUGAAAAUCACCUUUCAGGUGAGACCAAUGGUACACUCUUGUGUAAUGUUGAUUAUAGUAUAUUGAAUCAGUUUAUGUCAGCAGCAAGUGAAUUUCCAUUCCAAGGAACCCCUUUUUAUUGUGGUUCUUGACAAUUGCCUUAGUUAGAAACCUGUGCAACUUGUAACCCACCCAGCAAACCAUGUAUCAUCACCUGGCAGAUGCUUGAUGUCUUCACCCUGCUGCCCCGUUUUUGUAGUCAGGCAGAAAACAAAAUAGAUUUAUCAAGAUCCUGGUGGUUUACAUUCACCUUGGUGGGUAACAAGCUGUGUAGAUCUGCCUUAGUGUUAGUUGUGUGCUUUGUAAUACAGUGAAGUUAAGGUUUGUUAUAACUGUACAGUCCUGCUGGAUGAGAUGUGUACCAUCUUUCUAAAGAAAAGUAAAAGUCAUCCCGGUCCCCAACAAUGUGCUUGUAAAAUUAAUUAAUUUUUGUGCAAGUUAUUUUAAUGAGCUAUAUCUAGGGUUGCGACUUCACUGCAGUCCUGCUGCAAGGUUCCUUGAGGGGGAGGGCAGGAGUGAAGUAGGUGUUCUUCUGACAGGAUAUUGUGAGGAUUUGUAGCUUGUCCCUUGAAGCUUCUUGCUGUUCCAGGUGUAUCCUUGGUUCAGGAAAUGUUGCCGCUUAGACAAUUUAAUGGUUCACAACCUGGUGGCCGUGACCCCCAGAGGGGCUGCGAAGUAAUCCACAGGGGGCCGCGAACAGUAAAGAAAUGAUUUUUUUUAAGUCUUCACUACGUGGACGCUGUCUGCUCCCCACUGCUGCUGCAGAUGACACCUCCCCCUUGGUCCAAAUGAGACGGGAGGACUUUGCUGAAGCGCCAGAGCAUCUUUCAGGCACGCCAAUGGCAGGCAUCUGCCUAUACCAUAUGGCAGAUGCCAAAGGAGGCUGAGGGUGGAGCUGCCAGGAAGAAGAGAGGAUUACUAUCCCAGCUCCUGGCUCCUCGCACUGCCGCUGCUGCUGAUGCCCUUACUCAGAAUGAGAGGAGAGAGCUUUUUGUGAAGCAAAGAGAAUCAAGACUGCAAGGAAAGGCUGCUUUCCCCCUUCUUUCCUGGCAGCUGGCCUGCCUGCCUGCCUGCCUUGGCUCCUGAUUCACUGCCCUCCCCUUAUAAAAACUAUUCUUCUUUGCGAGGCCGCCCAGAUCUCACCGUCAGCCCAGACAGAGCCAAGGAGCAGUGAGGAAGCUCAGAGCUUCCUCAUCCCCCAUCUCUGAGGCUAAGUGUGUAUGCCAGUGUCCCCCUUUCUUCCACUUACAUUCCACCCCCCCACCUCUCUGUCCAAGAUGCUGCAGCAGUUGAGGGUUUCCCCCCUCCCACGUGCCCAAAUGCCUGCAUGCCUGCAGAUGCUUGCAGGAGGGGCAGGUGUGUUUGUGAGUGUGCAUGUGCUGAUCUGCUCCACUCUCAUUCCCCAAGUGCUUGCUAACCAAGUCAUCAGUUCUGAUGAUCAUCCCCAGGCCUUAAAAGCACUAAUCCCCCUCCUCAACCUAUCUACCCUUUUAUCUUCACAAUCUACCAUCCUCACCACUACCAUAUUGCUGCUUCUUGAUGAUGAUGAUGAUUUUAAAAAAGCUCAGCAGGUUGGCUGAGGCUGGAGUCUGCAUACCGCAGCUGAAAUGUAUUUAUUCAAUUAUUAUUGCAUUUAUAUCCCACCUUUCCUCCAAGUUGCUCAGGGUGGUGCACAUGGUUCUUCCUCUCCAUUUUAUCCUUACACCAAUCCUGUGAGAUAGGUCAGGCUGAAAGACUAUGUCUGUCCCAAGGUCACCCAGUGGGCUUCAUGGCUGGGUAGGGAUUUGAACCUGGAUCUUAGCCCAACACUGUAACCCACUGGUGUGGGGAGACAGUACAUCUGUACAUCUUCAGACUGUUGAGAGGGAGAGGGAUCCCAAUUUGAUUGGACCUUUGCAUUAAGAAAAGAAAGCAACACCUUCCUGCCUGGAAAGAGAUAUUUGGAGAGGUGAUUUUGCCACACAUUUUUUCAAUUAACAGACUAAAAUUACAAUUAGCUGAGGGGGGGGUGUUGUCAUGAAAUUUGUUUAGCUUACAAAGGGGGUCCCAUACUCGUAAAGGUUGGGGACCACUGCCUUAGCGGUCUCCUUUAAGAGCUGUUUAAUAAAACGUUUCUUGACUCAGUUCAAAGGUCCUAUUUCAUUUAGUACUUCUGAAAUGCAAAAAGGUUGGACAUGAAAUAGACCCCCUUUUUUGCUGUUUGUUCCGUAUUAGGACCUUGCAAUCUUGUUUUGAGUGUGUGUGUGUUCUAGAGAGGCUAGAACUAUAGCCGUUAUAUUUAUAUUUUACUGGCAGAGACAACAUAUAAGAAUGUAGGGCUUUAAUACAGUUUAAGAAGCCAUGAAUUGAAUGGUGAUGUGAUGCCACCUUACUAAAUUUACAGUCUACAAAACCAACCAACCAACCAACCCCCCCGGGGCCAGGAAUGGGGAAGUGCAACAAACAGUUGCAUGGCCUAUGGAUUGCACGGUAUCUGGCACCCAGGAAUGCCUGGGGUUUGCCUGGGCUGAACUGCCAGUACUGGAGUGGGGUAGGGUGGUGUCAGCAGGGUUAUUUGCUUUAUGAAUCAUGUUCUUAAUUGUCCCAAAGGCAUCGCCAUCUGUAUCCAAGCCCAGAACCUCUUGCUAGCUGUAGCUAGUUUAAGUGACUUGAUGUUGCCAGUUGCAUUCAUAUGUAACUGGGUGGCAUUGGAUUUUUUAUUUCUGUGUAUUCUCUGCACUUGUGUGUUUUCCCAAAAAGUUGUUUUUUUCUUAUUUAAUAUUUAUUUAAUUUAUUGUAUCCCACACACA